AUUGUUCGUGCUGCAUUCGAACAGCCAGUUUGUGUUGUUAAAACAAAAGAAUCUGCUACGGAUCUAGUAACAGAAACUGAUCAAGCUGUUGAAAAAUUACUUAUAAACGGAUUAUCAGAAGCGUUUCCUGGUCACAAGUUUAUUGGCGAAGAGUCGGCAAGCGUUGGACCGUUCACAUAUACGAAUGAUCCCACUUGGAUUAUCGAUCCUAUUGAUGGCACAACGAAUUUUGUUCAUCGUAUUCCGAUCGUCGCCAUUUGCGUUGGUCUUGCGAUUAACAAAGAGCUUCGAGCUGGGAUCGUCUACAAUCCAGUGACGCAAGAACUCUACUUUGCCCAGGUCGGGUGUGGAGCGUUUAAGAAUGGCUUUCCUAUACAUGUGUCUACCACAACUGCUCUGAAUCGUUCGCUGAUUAUGGCCUCGCUAGCAAUCCAUAACUACAAUAAAAUCGGUGAGAGUUGGUUGGACAUCGCCCAGAGCAAUAUGCGACGUCAAGUUGAAGCUGGUAUCAGAGGGUAG